GGAACUGUAGGAAGGAAAGAAGCUCAGGCGCUUCGCUCUCUGGCUGUAUUUACAUUAGUGGGCAGAGGGACUAAUGAAAUCUGACACAAGGCGAGAUACCGGGCGGCGGUUCAGCUCGAUCAUGGAUGAUCCCGAGAAGUUCGCCUCAUUCCUGAUGAAUCCGCGUUAAAACAGCCGGCGCACUUCAGCAUUUAUGGUGCCACAACGUUGUUUUCGUGUUCUUGUCGUUCCCCCCACCCCGGUUCUUUUCCUCCCUUCCAUCUUCGCUGAAGAAUGUGGCUCAAUCCCGAAGAGGUUUUGCUGAAAAACGCGCUCAAGCUGUGGGUGACGGAGAAAUCCAACACUUAUUUCAUUCUGCAGCGCAGGAGGGGCCACGGCCAUUCCGGGGGGAAAUUAACAGGGCUGUUGGUGGGGGCCUUGGAUACGGUGCUGGAUUCCAACGCGCGGGUGGCUCCAUUCCGCAUCCUCCUGCAGACCCCCGGCUCGCAGGUCAGCUGGGUCAUCGCUAGUGGAGCCGGGGCUGAUGAGGUGAACAUGCACUGGGACUGGCUGGUCCAGAACCUGCUGCACUCUCUGUCGGUGUUUGAGAACAAGGAGGACAUCACCAGCUUUGUCAAAGGGAAAGUGAAGGGGCUGAUUGCGGAGGAGGCGCGGAGCAGCCAGGCCGCCCAGGAGGAUGACCCGGAGAAGUUCCGUGAGACACUGCUGAAGUUCGAGCUGCGCUUCUCCCUGCCCGCUGCAGAGAAGCUGGUGACGUUCUACUCCUGCUGCUGCUGGAAGGGCCAUGUUCCGCGGCAGGGCUGGCUGUACCUCAGCACCAACCACAUGGCCUUCUACUCAUUCCUUCUGGGAAAGGAAGUGAACAUGGUGAUUCCCUGGGUGGAGGUGACCAGACUGGAGCGGGUCUCCACCGGCCCCCUGAGGGACACCAUCCGCGUGACGACCAAUCGGAGGCAGCGGGACUUCUCCAUGUUCCUCAGCGUGGAGGAAGCGUUUGCCACCAUGGUACAGCUGGCCAACAUCACACUGCGCAGGCUGCUGGACAAUGAGGCCUUUGAGCUGGACCAGGGCCUGCAGCAGCCAGGGCACAUUACCAAGAGGGUUCUGGAGCAACAGGCCCUGAAGGAGUACGUUCUGGCUCAGUUCAGGCUCCCCUGCAGCGAGGCCCUGAGGGAUGUGGCCACCUGCUCGCUGUGGACUCCUCACACCCGGUGCCACACCGCCGGCACGCUCUAUGCCACUGACCGCUACCUGGGAUUCGUCAGCCGGGAGGAGGGUCUCUGCAGCCUGCUCAUCCCCCUGGCAGAGGUGCUGUCCGUGGAGAAGCCGGAGACGAGCAGCGUGCUGCCAGCUCCCGUCAUUGUGAGUGUGCGCGGCCAGCGGGCCUUCCAGCUGAUCGAGUUGCCGGAGAGGGAUGCGCUGGUGGCCAGCCUGGAGGAGAGGGCACGCGCCCUGAGGGGCCAACACAAGAGAACCACGGUUAACUUCCACUAUGACACCUUUGAAUCUGAGGCUAACAGGCCGGAGCCUCCUGAAGACUUUGUGAUUAACACGGUGAACAAUCAAGCCCUGAUGGACACCUAUCACAGCUCGCAGCCGGCCGCCCAAAGUGCCACGUCUACUGCAGAGGAGAGGCUGGUGCACUUGUGGGAGGAGCACUUCUCCGACUACGGCCGCGACAUCCACAUGUUCCGCACCGAGAGUGCCUGGAAGCUGGUUGCCAUGGGGAUCCCAGAAUCCUUGCGGGGAGAGCUCUGGCUGACCUUCUCAGGUGCUUCGUCGGAACUGGCGGCCCACAGGGACCAGUAUGCAGGCCUGCUGAAGGCCUCCAUGGGCGUGAGCAGCUUGGCCACAGAGGAGAUCGAGCGUGACCUGCAUCGAUCGCUGCCCGACCACCCGGCCUUCCAGAACGACGCCGGCAUUGCCGCGCUGCGCCGCGUGCUCACCGCCUAUGCCCACCGCAACCCUAAGAUCGGAUACUGCCAGUCGAUGAAUAUUCUGGCCUCGGUGAUGCUACUCUAUACCAAAGAGGAGGAGGCCUUCUGGCUGCUUGUGGCCAUCUGUGAGAGGAUGCUGCCCGACUAUUUCAACCGCCGGGUCAUCGGUGCACAGGUGGACCAGUCCGUGUUCGAGGAGCUGAUCCGGGAGCGGCUGCCCGAGCUGGCGGAGCGUGUGGGUGACCUGGCGGUGCUGUCCUCAGCAUCGCUCUCCUGGUUCCUGACACUCUUCGUGAGCGCGCUGCCCUUCGCCUGCGCUGUGCGAGUCGUCGACUGCUUCUUCCUGCACGGCGUGACGGCCAUGCUGCGUCUGGGCCUGGCGGUGCUGGACGCCAACGCGGAUGCGCUCGCCGCUGCUGCUGACGAUGGGCAGGUCCUCAUGGUGCUCACCAGCUUCCUGGAUGGGGUGAGAGACAGCGAGCCCCCUACAAAGGCCCCAUGUGAGCCUGCAGAUGGCCAGCAGGGCGGGACCAUGCAGAUAUCCGAGCUGAUCCGGCAGUCCUACGAGAAAUUCGGGGAUCUGACGGUGCGGCAGGUGCAGCAGCUGAGAUGCAGGCACAGGAUCCAGGUGCUGCAGGCGCAUGAGGACACUGCCAAAGAGAACGCACUCAGGGUCGUGACUCCAGAUGUGUCCAUCUCUGCAGAGGAGCUGGGUGAUGCAUACGACCUCUUUAAGGGGGAGCACUUUAUCACCCUGUACUGGGGUGCCGAUGAGGCCUACGACGCACUGGGGCACCACGAUCCCUCACGGGCGUAUGCGGAGCAGUACCGCCUGGACUGGCCACAGUUCCAGCGCCUCUACCAGCUGCUGACCCCUUGGCCUUGCGGCGCGCACACUGCCAGCGUGGCCCGCCGCACCUUCACCCUGCUCGACCUGGACCAGGAUCUCUACAUCAGCUUCAGGGAGUUUGCCCGCUGGCUGGACCAAAUGUACUGUGAGGAGCUCAAUGAGAAGAUCAGAUACCUGUAUCGGCUGCACAUUCCCCCAGCCCUUUGUGAGAAUGAAGACGUCACGUCCCCUUUAAAGAGUCCCCUGCUGUCCACUACCAGGCCUCUGUAUGUCAAUCUUCCCAAUGGGGAGAUGGGAGACACUCAGGAGCAGCUGAAGAAGAUGCUUAGGGACCUGGAAAAGGAGAAGGAUGUGGACGAGCCGCUGCCGCUGAUGAAGCAGUGGGAGUUCAUCCAAUUCUGCAAGACGUUCUACAGCUUCUUUCAUGGAGACCCCCAGGAGAACGAACUCUUUCAGGCCAUCGCCACGGUUACCAGCCUGGUGCUGCGGAUCGGGGAAGCGGGUCACAGGAGCCAAAGCUCAGACAGCAAUGACGGGGUACAGGAUCAGCCCCACACGGAUUCCAGCAGUGAGUGGACUGUCAGCUUUGCCCAAAUCCUGGCUUCCCUUCUUACUGAGCAGGCCCUGGUCAACUUCUUUGACAAGCCUGUAGAUCUUGGGGCCAAGAUCAGUAAUGCCAGGGCAAAGCAGUACCUGGACCGAGGAGGUUCUGUGACAGACCAGAAGGGGGCGCAUUGAGCAAGCUAUCUUUGACCAAAACCAUCCAGUUCUUCCCUGUAGUUCCUCUGCAGUUUGGCACAGGUUUGACUUCUGAUUGACCGUAUUCAUCCAGAUGGGAGCUAAUCACUGGAAUCAGAUUUUUCCUUAUGCUGAUUGUAAGAACACAAACAUUUUCUUCAGGGAUCAAAAUCCUAUGCUUAUGAAGUGGAGCUCAAAGACGAGAGCUCAGCUGAUUCAAGAGGAAUAUGCACCUUGUAACAUCUGUAGGCUUUCACUGCUUCUGUCACAAAGCACCAUGACAUCUUUAUAGUAUGUGGGAUCAUUUUAAUUAUUUUAUAAUUUCAGUUAUAAAAUACUUUUGUCAUUUUUUGGUGACCUACAUAAAACUGUGAAUGAGUCAAAUUGUUUAUUUUGGACUCUCUGACACACCAGGAAGUUAUUAAUUGUCGGGACAUUGCUGGUUCAAGUCCCAAAGAUACAUAAAAGCCCCCAGAGCCAUUGAGCCCCAACACCAGGACGUGACUGAAUAUAAAGCUUCGGGUGGUGAAAUUUAAGUUUCCCUGCAGUUUGAUUUUUAAUGUAACAGGCAUUGAAGUGCUGCAACCUGUAAUCAGUCCAGUAGCCAUGGUUACCUUCUUGAGGAAUAUGAGUUAUGAUGUACUAUUGUCCUGGCUUGAAGGGGCCGUGACCUGGAUCUCAUUAAAAACCAUUUUUGUGGAACAACUGACUGAAGUUGAGGAUCCUGGAAGCUUCAGUUGUUUGUUAAAGUUUACAUGUUCAAGGAAUGCUCCAGGAAUUGAUUUGCUUAAGCAAUCAUAUAAUUUACAUUCUUUUUUUUUUUUCAAAGCAAUAUGAUUUUUUAUAUUUCAUAACACAAUGCAUGAACCCCCAGUGUCAGAUUCCUUAUUUUACAGAACUGGGGAGUCAUUAGUGUUAUUGGAAUGUAUUAAAUGUAGCAUAAUGUGUCAAAGACUUGUUACAUUGUGACUUGCUGAUGUUUGCAUUCAGGCUUUAUGCAGGCUGAUCCAUCAAGCACAUCACGGGUGGAUGUGUGGGAACCACAGCAGCUGUGGUCACCCUGCAGCUGCCACAUGACCUGACAGUCCGGCGAUGUGCUGGUUUGAGCUGGUUAUUAAAAUGGUCUCAACCUUG